AUUCUUCGGCGUCUCCAUGGCGACAGGGGGGACGCCGUGACGCCUACAAGAGGCCCUGGGCGGAAGCGCAGUCCCGCUUCCGGAGUAGCCGUGAUGGCGAACUACAAGGCCGCCGACUCGAAGCGGGAGCAGUUCCGGCGCUACCUGGAGAAGUCGGGCGUGAUGGACAGCCUCACGAAAGUGCUGGUGGCCCUGUACGAGGAGCCCGAGAAGCCCAACUGCGCCCUGGACUUCCUGAAGCACCACUUGGGCGCCACGGCCCCCGAGAACCCGGAGGUGGAGGCCCUUCGGCUGGAAGUGGCGGAGCUGAAGGAGAAGUACGAGGCCGUCCUGGAGGAGAACCGGAAGCUAAAGGCCAAGCUGGCGCAGUACGAACCUCCGGAGGAGAAGCAACAACAACAACAACAGCAGCAGCAGCAGCAGCAGCAGCAGCAGCAGCAGCAGCAGCAGCAGUAGUGAGGGGAAUUGGGAGGGGGCCCUUCCUCUCCCUAUGGUUUGCAAUAAAGAUAGGCAAGCAGGCA